UCAUCAACAAGGAAGGAAGGACGCUCUGAAAGCUCCUCGAAGACCCGAGGACCCAGAAGCAUUUUUGUGUGAUGCCUGACCUUUGCCCCAUUUGCUUCCCAGCCAGUGCUGAUCCCUCCUCUGCGGCUGGAAACAUGACAAUGGGCGGGAACUUAAAACUUCUUCUUUGGAAGAAUUUCAUCUUGAAGAAGCGCAAGACCCCGGUCACCAUGCUUGAGAUCCUGGCGCCGCUGCUCUUCUCCACGGUCGUCAUGUAUCUUCGCCUCAACAGUCUGCCCCAAAAAAGGCCUCCUUUGAACUACCUUGCGAUCAACAUCAGUUUGCUGCCGGACUUCCUCUAUUUUCCCACGGAGACUCGAUACCAGCUGGUGUACGUCCCUUCCAAGAGCGAAACAUUGAAGGCUGUCACUGAAACGGUGCGGAAAUCCUUCGAUGUUGAGUUUGAAGUUCUAGGCCAUUCUUCAGUGCCUGUCUUUGAAAGUUACAUAAUCCAGGAUCCCAAAGCCUUCUACGUGUGGGCUGGAAUUGUCCUGGAUCACAGCUUCAACGACAGCAAGCAGCCCCUGCCGCUGGAGAUCAAGUACCGCCUGCGUCUGAGCUGCAUUCAGAGGAACUCCUUAAUCUCGAAGGUGACGUCAUAUUACGACAACCUGGAAGGCUGGGGCACAUCCCUCCUCUAUCCUCCCAACCCGAGCCAAGUGCCCAGGGCCUUUGGACAUUUCGACGGGGGACUCCCUGGAUACAGCAAGGAAGGCUUCCUGGCCCUCCAGCACGCGCUGGACAAGGCCAUCAUGCAGCACCACGCCCACAAUGCGACGGCCCAGCUGUUUGAGGACCUCACUGUGCUCGUGAAGAGGUUCCCGCACGGAGCCCACAUCCAGGACAUGUUCCUGCUGACCCUUCAGAACGAGUUCCCUCUUCUGCUCAUGCUCAGCUUCAUCUGUAUCGAGCUCAUCAUCAUCAAUUCCGUUGCCUUGGAGAAAGAGAAGAAGCUGAAGGAGUAUAUGUGCAUGAUGGGAGUGGACAACUGGCAACACUGGGCCGCCUGGUUCAUCGUGUUCUUCAUCUCCACCCUCAUCGUCAUCUCUUUCAUGACCAUCCUCUUCUGCUCACAGGUGACCGGGGUGGCGGUGUUCAGAAACAGCGACCCUAGCUUGAUAUUCGUUUUUCUACUGUGUUUUGCCACUGCCACGAUUUUCUUUGCCUUCCUGAUCAGCACGUUCUUCCAAAGAGCCCACGUAGCCACUGCCGCCGGAGGCAUCAUCUUCUUCUUCACUUACCUCCCGUGCCUGUACCUCACGUUCAGCUACUCCCAGAGGACCCACUUCCAAAAGGUGGCCUUCUGUCUGCUCUCCAACGUCGCCAUGGGACUGGGAGUCCGAUUAAUCUCCGCGUUUGAGAUAAAAGGUACAGGCAUGCAGUGGGAGAAUAUCGGCAGCGUGAGUGGGGAGUUUAACUUCUCCCAGGUGCUGCUGCUGCUGCUCCUGGACUCCGUCUUGUACGGCGUGGUGGCCUGGUACGUGGAGGCUGUCCUCCCCGGGGAGUAUGGUGUACCCAAGCCUUGGUACUUCUUUGUUCUGCCGUCCCACUGGUGCGGACGGUCUGUGCCCCUCACACGGUCAGUGCUGGACGUGGGGGAUCCCGACAAAGGUCCGAAAAGCAAGUUCAUUCAGGAGGAGCCCACCAAUUUGGCGAAAGGGAUUGAAAUCCAACAUCUCUACAAGGUGUAUCACACGGGAAAGAAUAAACACAUAGCGGUCCAACGACUGACCAUGAAUCUGUACCAGGGGCAGAUCACUGUUCUCCUGGGACACAACGGAGCCGGCAAAACCACCACGUGCUACAUGCUCACAGGUGGAUGGGCCUAUGUCAACGGAUAUGAAAUUUCUCGUGACAUGGCUCAGAUCCGGAGGGGCCUUGGCUGGUGCCCCCAGCACGAUAUCUUGUUCGAGAACUUCACCGUCAAAGAGCAUCUUUCCUUCUAUGCUCAGCUGAAGGGCUUGUCUGGCCAGAGGUGCCCCGAGGAAGUCCAGCGGAUGCUGCACGUCCUCAAUCUGGAGGACAAGCAGGACUCGCUGAGCCGGUUCCUGAGCGGCGGCAUGAAGCGUAAGCUCUCCAUCGGCAUCGCCCUCAUAGCAGGCUCCAAGGUGCUGAUACUGGAUGAGCCCACCUCGGGCAUGGACGCCAUCGCCAGGAGGGCCAUCUGGGACCUCCUGCAGCAGCACAAGAGCGACCGCACCGUGCUGCUGACCACGCACUUCAUGGAUGAGGCUGACCUGCUGGGGGACCGCGUGGCCAUCAUGGCCAAGGGGGAGCUGCAGUGCUGCGGGUCCUCGCUGUUCCUCAAGCAGAAGUAUGGUGCUGGAUAUUACAUGACUUUAGUGAAGAAACCUCACUGCAGCACAGAGAAGAUUUCUCAUCUGAUUUAUCACCACAUUCCUAACGCGAUUUUGCGGUCCAACAUUGGAGAAGAAUUAACAUUUAUUCUUCCUAAAAAGAGCAUACACAGGUUUCCCUCUCUAUUUACCGAGCUGGAACUGAAGAAGGUAGAGCUGGGGAUUGCCAGCUUCGGGGCUGCGGUCACCACCAUGGAGGAGGUCUUCAUUCGGGUUAACAAGUUGUCAGACACCAACACAGAUAUCCAAGCCCUCAAGAUCCCCUUGAUGCAGUCCCAAAGAAGGGUCCCUAUCAGCAGGAUUAAACGCAUUCACUCCAGGAUCUUCUCAAUACGGUCGGGCCUGCCAAUCCAGCUGAACACUGGGCUCAGCCUUAUCUGCCAACAGUUCUAUGCCAUGUUCCUGAAAAGGGUCACCUUCUCUUGGCGCAACUGGAUGUUGAUGCUGACGAUACAGGUCCUGGCACCUCUGGGGAUCACCAUCUUCAGCCUUGCCUUCCUCAACUUGGAAAGGCGCAUGGACGAGGUCCCACUGGAAUUGACCCUAAAAACAUACGGGCAAACCAUUGUCCCAUUCUAUAUUUCUCCCAAUUCCAGGCUGGGUCCUCGGCUUUCGGAAUAUUUUACAAACAUGCUUGUGUCUGAGGAGCAGAUCCCUCUGGAGACCCUGAGCUCAGUGGAAGAUCUCCUCCUGCAAAAGGCAGAGGAGGAGCCUGAGGGCUUUGAUUACAAAUAUGUCGUGGCGGCUUCCUUUGAAGACUCGGGGAACCACACCACGGUGACGGCGCUAUUCAACAACCAGGCGUACCACUCCCCCGCCGUGGCACUGGCGCUCGUGGACAACUUUCUCUUCAAGCUGCUGUCCGGGGCCAGAGCCUCCAUCACAGUCAUCAACCACCCUCAACCCCGGUCGGCCCUGGAGGUCUCGGAGGACAUCUUGUAUCAGGGCCCAAAAGCACACUUCCUCAUUAUCAACUUGCUUUUCGGAAUAGCUUUCCUGUCCAGCUCAUUUUCCAUCUUGACAGUCAAAGAGCGAUCCACGAAGGCCAAGCACAUCCAGUUCACCAGCGGCAUUUACGUGGCUACUUUCUGGCUGUCAGCGCUGCUGUGGGACCUCAUCACCUCCCUCGUCAACAGUCUGCUGCUGCUGGUGGUGUUCCUGUACCACCAGGAGGAAGCCUUCACGCACCAGGCCAGCGUCCCGGCCGUCAUGCUGGCGUUCGCGCUCUACAGCUGGGCCAGCAUCCCCCUCAUCUACCUGAGCAGCUUCUGUUUCCGCUAUGAAGGCGGUGCCUUCGUCAAGCUCAUCAUCAUACUCACCUUCUUGAGCCUUGGCCCCCUCAUCCUCGUCUCCAUCACAAGCGAAAAAGAGCUGGGCUACACCACAGUGUCAGACUCCUUGGACCGCACGUUCCUCCUGCUCCCAGGCCACUGCCUGGGGAUGGCCCUCUUCAACUUACACUACAACUAUGGGAUCCACAAGUUAUGCAAAACCAGGAACCUGAACUAUUCGGAGUGUAAUCAAAUUUCAGAGGGACACACGAUCCAGGAGAGCAUCUACGCCUGGGAGUCUCUCGGGAUGGGGAAGUACCUGACGGCCCUGGCCAUUUCGGGCUCUGUUUACCUCAUGCUGCUCUUCCUCGUUGACACCAACGUCUUGUGGGGGCUGAAAGCCAGGUUUUCUGACCUCAACAGGAAGCGACAAUCGCACGUACUGACGCACGAAGCAGCGGCCAUGCCCGUGGACCAAGACGUGGAACAGGAGGCAGAGAUGGUGGAGACUUACUUGGAAAAGCUGCGAGAGGAAAACCCACUGGUUCUUAGAGAAGUGUCAAAGGUCUAUGCUAAGAAGGUGCCCCCACUGGCUGUGAACAAGAUCUCCUUCACUGUUCAAGCCGGGGAGUGCUUUGGCCUUCUUGGCAUCAACGGAGCCGGGAAAACAUCCAUCUUCAAAAUGCUGACCGGGGAAGAGCCCAUCACCUCUGGGGAUGCCUUUGUCAGGGGCCUCAGCAUCAGGUCUCACCUGAGGGAGGUGCAGCAGUGGGCGGGCUACUGCCCCCAGUGUGAUGCCCUAUUCAACCACAUGACAGGCCGGGAGAUGCUGGUCAUGUACGCCCGGAUCCGGGGCAUCCCCGAGCACCAUAUCGGCGCCUGUGUGGAACAAAUUCUCGACGACUUAGUCAUGUAUGCGUACGUGGACAAGCUGGUGAAGACCUACAGUGGCGGCAACAAGCGGAAGCUGAGCACAGGCAUAGCCCUGCUUGGAGAGCCCUCGGUCGUCUUCCUGGACGAGCCAUCCACGGGCAUGGACCCCGUGGCUCGGCGCCUGCUCUGGGACACUGUGGCACGGGCUCGUGACUCUGGCAAGGCCAUCGUCAUCACCACCCAUAGCAUGGAGGAGUGCGAGGCCUUGUGCACCCGGCUGGCCAUCAUGGUGCAGGGUCAGUUCAAGUGCCUGGGCAGCCCACAGCACCUCAAGAGCAAGUUUGGCAGCGGCUACUCCCUGCGGGCCAAGGUCCGGAGCGACGGGCAGCAGGAGGCGCUGGAGGAGUUCAAGGCGUUUGUGAACCUGACCUUCCCAGGCAGCGUCCUGGAAGAUGAGCACCAAGGGAUGGUCCAUUACCACCUGCCCGGGGAUGACCUCAGCUGGGCCAAGGUGUUUGACAUUCUAGAGCAAGCCAAGAUGAAGUUCAUGCUGGACGACUACUCUGUCAACCAAGUCUCCCUGGAGGAUAUUUUCCUGAGCUUCACAUGCUUUGUGCACCCAACCAAAGAGGAAAAAAAACAAGGGCAAGCAGAGCCAGCAGACCAUUCAUCAACCUCUCCACCUCCCUCUCCAUCUCCCUCCCAGCCUCCCUCUCCACCUACCUCCCAGCCUCCCUCCCACCCUCCCUCUCCACCUACCUCCCAGCCUCCCUCUCCAACUGGCUCUCCUCCUCCCUCCCAGCCUCUCUCUCCACCUCCCUCCCAAAUUUCCUCCCAGCCUCUCUCUCCACCUCCCUCCCAGCCU